GGAAAUUGGACAUUAGUGUUGCCUGGAAUUUAAGGCCAAUAAGCUUCAUGCCUCAGUUUUGACUCUCCCUAGCCAUUCAGCCAUUCUCUCAUUUUGCCUAGCUGGUCAAUCUCGAAACCCGUCGUAAUUCGAUACGGUAACCUGCACACCUCCAUUGUUCCUUGAAUAUCAAAUCCACCCAAGCUGAGCGAGCGCAUAGCAAACAACAUUAUAUCAUCCAUCGAUUCAUCGUCAAUAUGGUUCUUCCCUUAGGUCUACUCACGGCCGCACAAGGUCACCCAAUGCUGGUUGAGCUUAAGGAUGGCGAAACUUUGAACGGCCAUUUAGUAUCGUGCGAUACUUGGAUGAAUUUAACGCUAAAGGAGGUGGUUCAAACGAGUCCGGAUGGUGAUAAAUUUACAAGGUUACCAGAAAUAUAUGUCAAAGGAAACAAUAUCAAAUAUCUCCGAAUGCCAGAUGAAAUUAUCGAUCUAGUAAAGGAUCAACAACAAGGACAACAAAGCAAUUACAGAGGCCGCGGAGGCAAUAGGGGCGACAGAGGUGGCGACCGAGGUCGUGGUGGUAGAGGUGGCAGAGGAAGAGGAAGAGGAGGGAGAGGCGCGUGAAACAUUGAUGGUGGUGGUAAUGAGCUGAAAUUGGACUCGAAGAAGCUACAUAAUGGCACGUAUGAUAUACACAAAGUGCAGAGGGGCGGCUACAUUUCUUCUUUAUGAACAUCGAAGGAUUUCGAUACAUGCAGCAAGUUUGCCUUGAAAUGAUGCAGGCAGGCAUGGCAGGUAUAUGAUAGGUUCACAUUGGAUGUGAGAAAUCGUCGAGGCACAUAUAAACAUGUCUCUCAGCAAAGUCUCAAACCAUCACAUAUUCCGAGAUCAUAGCCCACAACAAAAACAAAUAUUCCCCCCAAUUCUUCA